AUGGAGCCCUCGGCCCUGAGAGCUGGCUCCAUGCAGGAGGACGGCUUCGGGGUGCAGCCCCGGAGGGUGGCAGACCUGGGCCGGGUCCCCAGCCUCCGGCGGAGCAGCAGCAGCCUCUGCAGGAGCAGGCGGUCGCAGUACCCCUUCAGCAGCUGUGAGAAGCAGGAAAAUCUCAGCUCGUGGAUCCCUGAAAACAUCAAGAAGAAACAAUGCAUGUACUUUGUGGAAAGCUCCAAGCUGUCUGAUGCUGGGAAGGUGGUGUGUGAGUGCGGCUACACCCGCGAGCAGCACUUGGAAGAGGCCAUCAAGCCCCAGGCCUUCCAGGGCCACGAGUGGGACCCCAAAAAGCAUGUCCAGGAGAUGCCGACAGAUGCCUUUGGCGACAUCGUCUUCACGGGCCUGAGCCAGAAGGUGGGAAAGUACAUCCGCCUCUCCCAGGACACUCCCUCCAGUGUGACCUACCAGCUCAUGACGCAGCACUGGGGCCUGGACGUCCCCAACCUGCUCAUCUCGGUCACGGGCGGGGCCAAGGACUUCAACAUGAAGCCCCGGCUGAAGAGCGUCUUCCGCAGAGGCCUGGUUAAGGUGGCCCAGACCACAGGGGCCUGGAUUAUCACCGGGGGGUCCCACACCGGCGUGAUGAAGCAGGUGGGUGAGGCCGUGCGUGACUUCAGCCUGAGCAGCAGCUGCAGCGAAGCAGAGGUUGUCACCAUCGGGAUUGCCACGUGGGGCACCGUGCACAACCGAGAGGGCCUGGUCCACCCCAUGGGCGGCUUCCCUGCCGAGUACAUCAUGGACGAGGAAGGGCAGGGUCACCUGACCUGCCUGGACAGCAACCACUCCCACUUCAUCCUUGUGGACGACGGGACCCACGGCCGCUAUGGGGUCGAGAUCCCCCUGAGGUCCAAGCUGGAGAAGUUCAUCUCGGAGCAGACGAAGGAGAGAGGAGGUGUGGCCAUCAAGAUCCCCAUCGUCUGUGUGGUGCUGGAGGGAGGACCUGGCACGCUGCACACCAUCUACAACGCCAUCACCCACGGCACCCCGUGCGUGGUGGUGGAGGGCUCGGGCCGUGUGGCGGACGUCAUCGCGCAGGUGGCCGGCCUGCCCAUCUCCGAGAUCACCAUCGCCCUGAUUCAGCAGAAGCUGGCCGUGUUUUUCCAGGAGAUGUUCGAGACCUUCACCGAGGGCACCAUUGUGGAGUGGACCAAGAAGAUCCAAGACAUCGUGAGGAGGCGGCAGCUGCUGACCAUCUUCCGGGAAGGCAAGGACGGCCAGCAGGACGUGGACGUGGCCAUCCUGCAGGCCUUGCUGAAAGCCUCUCGGAGCCACGACCACUUUGGCCACGAGAACUGGGACCACCAGCUGAAGCUGGCAGUGGCAUGGAACCGCGUGGACAUUGCCCGGAGCGAGAUCUUCACGGAUGAGCGGCAGUGGAAGCCUUCAGAGCUGCAUCCCAUGAUGACGGCCGCCCUCAUCUCCAACAAGCCCGACUUCGUGAAGCUCUUCCUGGAGAACGGGCUGCGGCUGAAGGAGUUUGUCACGUGGGACACGCUGCUCUACCUGUACAAGAACCUGGACCCCUCCUGCCUGUUCCACUGCAAGCUGCAGAAGGUGCUGGCCGAGGAGCCGGAGCGCGUGGCCUGCGCGCCUGCCCUGCCCGCCGUGCAGAUGCACCACGUGGCGCAGGUGCUGCGGGAGCUCCUGGGCGACUCCACGCAGCCGCUGUACCCCAGGCCCCGCUCCAGCGACCGGCCGAGGCUCCUGCUGCCCGUGCCCCACAUCAAGCUCAACGUGCAGGGAGUGAGUCUCCGGUCUCUCUACAAACGCUCAUCAGGCCAGGUCGCCUUCACCAUGGACCCGGUCCGCGAUCUUCUCAUUUGGGCCAUCAUCCAGAACCGCCGGGAGCUGGCAGAAAUCAUCUGGGCUCAGAGCCAGGACUGCAUCGCCGCGGCCUUGGCCUGCAGCAAGAUCCUCAAGGAGCUCUCCAAGGAGGAGGAGGACACGGACAGCUCCGAGGAGAUGCUGGCGCUCGCCGACCAGUACGAGCACAGAGCCAUCGGCGUCUUCACUGAGUGCUACCGGAAGGACGAGGAGAGAGCGCAGAAGCUGCUCACCCGGGUGUCCGAGGCCUGGGGCAAGACCACCUGCCUGCAGCUGGCCCUGGAGGCCAAGGACAUGAAGUUCGUGUCCCACGGGGGCAUCCAGGCCUUCCUGACCAAGGUGUGGUGGGGCCAGCUCAGCGUGGACAACGGGCUCUGGCGGGUGAUCCUGUGCAUGCUGGCCUUCCCGCUGCUCACCACCAGCCUCGUCUCCUUCAGGGACCGGAGGCUGCAGGCGGUGCGGGGCCUGGCCCGGGUCCGAGCCUUCUUCAACGCGCCCGUGGUCAUCUUCCACCUGAACAUCCUGUCCUACUUCACCUUCCUCUGCCUCUUCGCCUACGUGCUCAUGGUGGACUUCCAGCCCUCGCCCUCCUGGUGCGAGCGCCUCAUCUACCUCUGGCUCUUCUCCCUGGUGUGCGAGGAGCUGCGGCAGCUCCUCUACGACCCUGACGAGUGUGGGCUGGUGAAGAUGGCGCUCCUGUACUUCAGCGACUUCUGGAACAAGCUGGACAUCGCCGCCAUCCUGCUCUUCGUCGCGGGCCUGACCUGCCGGCUGAUCCCAGGAUUGCUGUACCCCGGGCGCAUUGUCCUCUCUCUGGACUUCAUCAUGUUCUGCCUCCGGCUGAUGCACAUAUUCACCAUCAGCAAGACGCUGGGGCCCAAGAUAAUCAUCGUGAAGCGGAUGAUGAAGGACGUCUUCUUCUUCCUCUUCCUGCUGGCCGUGUGGGUUGUGUCCUUCGGGGUGGCCAAGCAGGCCAUCCUCAUCCACAACGAGAGCCGGGUGGACUGGAUCUUCCGGGGGGUGGUGUACCAGUCGUACCUCACCAUCUUCGGGCAGAUCCCGGCCUACAUCGACGGCGUGGACUUCAGCCUGGACCAUUGCAGCCCCAAUGGCACUGACCCCUACAAGCCCAAGUGCCCUGAGAGCGACGCCAGCCGGCACCAGCCCAUCUUCCCCGAGUGGCUGACGGUCAUCCUGCUCUGCCUGUACCUGCUCUUCACGAACAUCCUGCUGCUCAACCUGCUCAUCGCCAUGUUCAACUACACGUUCCAGCAGGUGCAGGAGCACACGGACCAGAUCUGGAAGUUCCAGCGCCAUGACCUGAUUGAGGAGUACCAGGGCCGGCCCCCGGCCCCGCCCCCCUUCAUCCUGCUCAGCCAUCUGCAUCUCUUCAUCAAGAGGGUCAUCCUCAAGAUCCCCGCCAAGCGGCACAAGCAGCUCAAGAACAAGCUGGAGAAGAACGAGGAGGCCGCGCUCCUGUCCUGGGAGAUCUACCUGAAGGAGAACUACCUGCAGAACCAGCAGUACCAGCAGAAGCAGAGGACGGAGCAGAAGAUCCAAGACAUUAGCAGCAGGGUGGACACCAUGGUGGACCUGCUGGAGAUGGACCGGCUGAAGGGUUCGGGCUCCAUGGAACAGAGACUGGCCUCCCUGGAGAAGCAGGUGGCCCAGACAGCCAGAGCGCUGCACUGGGUCGUGAAGACCCUGCGGGACAGCGGCUUUGGCUCGGACGAGGGCGCCCCCACCCUGGCCUCCCAGGCGGCCUCGGAGGGGCAGGACCCGGAGCUGGACGGCAGGCAGAAGACGGAGGACCUGGGCGACACCCACCACAUCAACGCCCGGCACCUGCUCUACCCCAACUCUCCCAUCGUGCGUUUCCCGGUGCCCAACGAGAAGGUGCCCUGGGAGACAGAGUUUCUCAUCUACGACCCGCCCUUCUACUCGGCCGAGAGGAAGGACAAGGACCUGGUGGACCCCGUGGGAAACGCCCUGGACCCUCUGGCCGGGAUCACCUACAACGCCCUGGACGGGCCCACGGACCGCCGCAGCUUCCACGGCAGCUACGCGGUUCAGGAGGGGCUCCCCCUGAACCCCAUGGGCCGCACAGGGCUGCGCGGGCGCGGGGCCCUCUGCUGCUUCGGACCCAACCACACGCUGCAGCCCGUGGUCACUCGGUGGAGGAGGAACCAGGACGGAGCCAUUUGCCGGAGGAGCAUCAAGAAAGUGCUGGAGGUGCUAGUGGUGAAGCACGUCCUGGCAGAGCACUGGGCCUUGCCAGGGGGCUCCCGGGAACCCGGAGAGACGCUGCCCCGGAAGCUGAAGCAGGUUCUCCAGAGAGAGUUCUGGCCUUCCUUCGAGAGCCUGCUGCUGCAGGGCACUGAGGUGUACAAAGGCUACGUGGACGACCCUCGGAACACGGACAAUGCCUGGAUCGAGACGGUGGCUGUCAGCGUCCACUUCCCAGACCAGAGCGACGUGGAGCUGAAGAGGCUGAAUUCUCACCUGCACGCCAGCGACCCCGGGAUGUCUGUCCGAUGGCAGGUCGUGGACAAGCGCAUCUCGCUGUACGCCAACCACAAGGCCAUCCUGCAGAAGGUGGCCGCGCUGUUCGGGGCUUACUACUGA